GUACACUUCGACCACACGCCACGGGCAAAUCAGCCAACGGGUAGGAGGAAGAAUCAUUCACGCAGUGCCCGCGAGCGGAGACCAACGAGAUGGAAGCCCCCACAAAACCGUGCACAGGGAAAAAAUACCAAGCUGAAGCGCAUACAGAGGAUGGUCAAAUGAGAGGAGUUGGCCACAAAAAUGAACAGGGCAAUACAAAAGAGGAAGCCUGGUUGGGCCCUCUUCUCCCACUUCAAAAGUGACAUAAAGACCGUACCGAAGAGAAGCAAAAGUGAACAUUACGAAGUGAUAAAAACUGUUAUUCGACGGGAGAAGAAAGUAAAAUUUAAAAAUAUUUUCCUUGGGGUAAGUUUAAUCAAUGUGACCACUUUCCUGUUUACACUCUCCAAUUAUUAUGCCAAGAGGAAAGAAAACCACUACGACGUCAACGACAUUGGAGUUGUGGACCAUAUUGUCUUAACUGAAUUUGUGAGCUCCAUGGGGUUGAACAAUUUGCCCGUAUAUUUGCAAAACAGAUUUUUUCACAAAUUGGUAAAAAGUGUCCAAGACGAAAAUUACUCCUUUAAGGAAAAUGCCCUGUUGGGGUUACUCGAGUUAUUUUACAAAAAUAAAAGCGCCUUUAGCAAAAUUGAAAAGGAAAAUAAGGAGGAGCAUGCAGAGUUCAUAAAAUACAUUUUUGCAAAAUUGCAGGAAGACGCAAACUUGGAAUACACGAAGAAAAAAAUUUAUUCCAGCAUUUUAUUUUACUACAUAAAACAUUCCGAUCAUAAUUUGUCCAUGCCGUAUGAACAUAUCCAGGAAAUUGUGAAUAAUCCAAACCUGUUUUAUAACCUGCAGCAGAGGGGAGAAAUUAUUUCCUUCUUACUCCUCAAAAUGGUCAAAAAUGAAAAAAAUGUGGCAAACAUUUAUGCCAAGGAAAGGGACUUUCUCGAAACGUAUACGAGUAAAGCAGAGUCUACUCAUCAUCCGGAAAUGUUCGACGAUGAAGGGGAAAAAAAAGAAAAAAAAAAAAAAAACAAAUCGUACAUACCCAUCAUUCAAUUUUUAAUUGCACAAAAAGGGGAACAUACAGGGGGGGGGAAAUCCAUGUGGGAUUUUUACUACGCGGUGAAAAAGAACAGUGAGGACUACUACAAACAGGAAUGCCUCCUAUUGCUGCAGAGCUAUUUUGACAAAAUUAAUUCUCCAUUCUGCAUAGACAAUAACAACGUGUGUGUGAAGAAGAGGAGCAACUACAACAGCAUUAUGAACAAAAUUUAUUUGAAAUACUUCGAAAACACCGUUAUUUACACCUUUUUUUUUUCGUUCGUUUUGCAUAAUAUUAAUGCAAAGGAGUAUACUCUGGGGAAUUACCUUUUUGCUGCCAAGGACAUCUUCAGGAGUGUGUACUCGAACUGCCUUAUCAAUGCCAUGCUGCUCGUCCAAAAAGCAGUCACGCAUAAUGUGAGCAUGCGCGGAGAUGAGCGAUCCUCCGUUAUUGUGGCUUUCCUCUUCAACCAGCUGAACUCGCUCGCCUUUUCCGCCUCCCUCUACAAGUGCAAAUAUGGUAUCGCGCGGAGGGGCGUGGUCCACACGCCGCUGAGUAGCGCAGCGGGGUUAUUGUUCUCCUGA